GUAAAUAGUUACUAUGAAAUUUUUAAUGAGGUUAAACAAUGGCAAAAGUGACAUACUGACUGUAAUUUGCAAUUUAUAACAUCGUAUAAAACUGUCGACAUUGUUGUCUUUCUUGUCAUCAUUUCUAGAACAUUUAAAAUGUAUUAACUAUUUGAUGAUCAAAGAACUGUAAAUUUUGUAUCGACGUGUUGAUUUUUACAAUUCUCAAAUAUGAGGAGCGAGAUUAUUAUUUAUAGUAUAUUUUUGUUAAUUUACGUGAAUGCAACCGAUGAUAGAAAAUCAAAUAAAAAAAAGUCAUGGCGAGACAAAGAUAUACGUGAUAUGAAUGAUGCAGAUUUAGAACAGUUGUUAGAUCAGUGGGAGGAAAAUGAUGAACCAUUGGAACCAGAUGAAUUACCAGAAUAUCUUAGGCCUAGCCCAAAAAUUGAUUUAUCGAAGCUUGAUAUGUCAAAUCCUGACAACGUACUGAAAGUGACAAAAAAAGGUAAAAGUGUGAUGAUGUUUGUUGAUACAAAUGAAGAUUUGUCAGUUGAAGAAGCUGAGACUAUAAUGAAAAUUUGGCAGACUAGUCUUCAAAAUAAUCAUAUUAUUGCAGAAAGGUAUCCAAUUGAUCAAAAAAGAUCUGUGUUUCUAUUUCACGAGGGUUCUCAAGCUGUAGAUGCAAAAAACUUUUUUUUGGAACAACCAGAAUUGUCUCAUGUGACUCUUGAAGGCCAAACUUAUUUUAGGGAUCCAAAGAAACAGAGUGAAAAAAUGGCAAAACUUAAUAAACAAGCAAGUAAACGAAAUAUUAAGAAGGACAAUAGUAAUAAACAAGAGGAGCUAUAAUUUAUAUUAUAAAUUUUUCGAAGAUACUGAAUAUUUUUCAUUUGUUUAUUUUUGUACAUGUAGAUAUAUAUCUAUAUCUAUAAGCAAAUAAGUACAAGACAAUUUUUGAUACAAAUAUUUUUUGUUUCUAAAAAUAUACAACUUAAAUUACUUUUAUUUAAAUAUUUUAUAACUUACUGAAAUACUUAUAAAUAUCAUAAAUAAACUUGAUUUAUCCUAUAGAGAA